AUAUGUGGGAAUCACAAUUCUGGUAUUAGUUUGUAAAAUCAUUGCAAAAAUUCAAUAGUGUAUUAUGCCUAUGUACAUCAUGCAUAUUCAGACAUGCAUCCAUAGAAGUUACUCAUAUACACAUAAAUUUAUUACAUGUCUACUAUAGCUAGUUUCUUUCCUUCACCCCAGACUACCUCAAUUUUGUGUUCUUAUAAAUAUAGGUGUCCCUCCCUUCUUGCUAAAUAGAUGAUACAAAGAAGUUGAGAGGAUAGAAAUGAGUAGAGGUGAAAGCUCUGGAGGUGGUCAGAGUUCAUUGGGCUACCUGUUUGGGUCCGAUAAGCAACCAAAUGCACCACCGGCAGCCCCAGUGGUUUAUAAACCACCAUGGGGCGAUGAUAACAGCACAGAAAAAGCACCCAUCAUUUCUUCUCCUUCCCCAAAAUCAAACAGUUCCAACGAUUCUACCAAAGCUCGUGACCGGAACGUAGGAAACAUCAUUACUGGCCGUCCAACUACAAAGGUUAAAUCAGUUCCUGGAGGAGACUCAUCUCUCGGCUACUUGUUUGGAGAAAAGUGAUGUUGCUCUCUCCUAAUCUCUCCAUCUAGUAUAUUAUAUUAUCAAGUAAAGUUGUGGGUUUUUACUAAAAGUCUAGGGUUUCAGUUUCGAUCAGCAUGUGGCUUUACUUUGUGUCAUAUUGUUGUUGCUGUUUUUGUUGUUUGAUCUAAUAUAGACAAGGAAAGGGGUUAGACUCAUUGGAAAAAUUCAGUAGUUGGAUUUCUAAACUUAUUCUGAUGUCUAAAAUAAGCAAUGAAGUUCCCAUCAAUGCAUGAGUA